AUGUCUGCGGCUGUGGCUCGACGGACCGGGUCGAUGACGCUUAUGGCGUGCUCGCCUGCGAAAGUCUACGACAAUCCGAAGAGCAAAAUUGUUUGCGGCGACAAUUGUCAGCAGGGAGAUCGCUGUCCGUACCAUACGCUGCAGCGUUUCCUGGCCAAGGGCUUCCGUGCCGAACUGAUCAAACGCCGCAAGCUGCCGCAA